AAGCUGGCAUUCUGCGGUCAGCGGGAGUACAGAGUCGAUCGGAGAACGCUGGUCCCUCGCCGGUAGGAGGACCCUCCACGCCUGUCAUCGGGCCACCAGCGCCAGCGAUGAGGCUAUGCUCGGUGCUGGCAGUGUGGCUGCUAGUAGCCGUCUCCGGGGUGUGGGGCCAACCGCGGAGGAACCAGGACUCCCCCCCACAGCAACGGCGGUUGCUGCGGCCGUCAUGGCGACCGCGAAUCUCCUUCCCCUUGGACCCCACGUCGCCGACUGUGCCCGUCGUGUCCUCAGAGGUAAUCGACCAGGCGGCCAGGGAGGCGCACCGCGUCAUCGUCAAGCAGAAGGCUUUCGAGAAGGCCAAUGCAGCCAGAGGACUCAAGGCCUCCCCGGUUCCCGUGUGCCCGGCGUCCUCCAGACACAUGUCCACCCGCGUGGCCAAGGACAAGGCAAUCGCUAUGGACGAGAUGGCGCACCUCUUCGAGGAGACCACACGCAUCCUCUCGCACAAGAUGAAGAUGUUCUGGGAGGAUGAGUUCCACGGCCUGGCACGCACAGACCUUUCGGGCUCCCGUCUGCAGCUGGUGAAGGAGCAGUGCCACAGGCUGAGCAACGGUAUCUGCCGGCCGGGACCAUUCCGCGAGAUGGACGGCUCGUGCAACAACCUCGACCACUCGGACUGGGGAGUCGCCUUCAGCUGUAUGCGCAGGCUGCUGCCGCCCAGAUAUGCCGACGGCGUGUCGGCCCCUCGCAUCUCGGAGACCGGCGGCGAGCUGCCCAAUCCCCGACUGGUGUCGACCACGGUGCACGUGGACUUCGAUCGUCCCUCCCGCGAGACGAGCCACAUGCUCAUGCAGUGGGGGCAGUUCCUGGACCACGACUUUGCCCUGGCGCCCAUCUCCAGCAUACCGGGAGAGAUCAUUGACCUCGGAAAUCCGAAUGAUGUGAUCGACUGCUGCUCCCCGGAGACGCGCAGCUCUCCGCGCUGCUUCUCGUUCGACAUUCCGCCGACGGACCACUUCUUCGGCAAGUACGGCGAGCAUUGCAUGAACUUCCCUCGCUCGGCCAGGUGCCCGCUCUGCAGCCUCGGUCCCCGGCAGCAGAUCGACUCCCUUACUUCAUUCGUGGAUGGCUCGCAAGUCUACGGGAGCUCUUUGGAGGAUAGCCUCAAGCUACGAACACUUCAGGGAGAUGGCCGUCUCAAGUUCGACGUGGGUAGGCGGGGCGACAUGAUACUGCCGGCGAGCUUCCAUCCGCACGAGGACCAGUGCAGCCGCCCCGAGCAUGGCGACCUCUGCUUCCGGGCGGGCGAUGAGCGCGUCAACGAGCAGCCGGGCCUGACGGCCAUGCACACGCUCUGGCUCAGGCAACACAACUUCGUCGCCGGAAAGCUAGCAGGCCUCAACCCGCACUGGGACGACGAGCGCAUCUUCCAGGAGGCAAGGCGCAUCGUAAUCGGCCAGAUGCAGAUGAUCACGUACGACGAGUUCCUGCCCCUGGUUGUAGGCAAGUCCUUCCAUCGGGAGUUCGGUUUGGAGGUCCUGCCGUACGGCUACACGACGUACAACAAACAGAUCGACCCGUCUAUCCUGAACGAGUUCGCGGGAGCGGCCUAUCGCUUCGGCCACACCAUCCUCAACGGGGACUUCAUGCAGAUCGACUCCCGGGGGCGCAUCUCCCGCGUCAAGCUGCAAGACAACUUUUUCAAGCCGUUCGAGUUCCGUGACGGUAUGAUGGAGCGUAUCGUGCGCGGUCUGGCCAAGCAGACCUCGCAGACCUUCGACAACUUCAUCACCAACGACGUGACCAACCACCUGUACCGGCUCACGAAUGAGUCGUUCGGGCUGGACCUUAUCUCGCUGAACAUUCAGCGAGGCAGGGACCACGGCAUUCGGGGAUACACCGACUACCUCAAGGGCUGCUUCGGCCUCAGGGUCACAAAGUUCGAGGACCUGGACAGCGCCAUGCCCAGGCCCGUCAGGGAGCGGCUCCAGAGGCUGUACACGCAUGUGAACGACAUUGACCUUUUUACGGGUGGUGUGUCGGAGUACUCUCUCCCCGGCGGCGUUGUGGGACCCACCUUCGGCUGCAUCCUGGGCAUCCAGUUCUGGAGACUCAAAUACGGGGAUCGCUACUACUUCGAGCACGGCGGCCAAGCCGGCUCCUUCACCCCAGCCCAGCUGACAGAACUGAGAAGGACAACCCUUUCGAAAAUCAUAUGCGACAACAGCAUCGGUCACCAAUCAGCACAGAGAUACGUCUUCAGGACCAUCUCGGACAGCAAUCCAGAGGUUCCAUGCUCCAGCUUGCCUGUGAUGAACAUGGAUGCCUGGAUCGAGAUCCCAGUCCGUUCGUAGUCCCCAGCCAGCGAGAGAGUUGUUCUCCGGACCUUCUGGCCUUCCCGUAGGGGUCUCCGGCACGACCACUGAGGGCCGCCGUGGCUCCGAGCGAGAGCAGCAACGCGCCCCGCGGCCCAAGCGGCGCGCCCGGCACCGCGUGCCAAACAGGGCCGAGCCCAAUAAAGACUGCCGUUCUUCCUCUC